AUGCCUGCUCUGCUGGAAGACCCUUCUACCCGCAUCCCCCCACCACAAGCACAUGUUGAUGCCGCACCGAGCCUAUCGGCGCGGCGGACAACGUUAGCCAAGUCUGCUAAUGCCCCAAUGACUUUGUACCCCAUUACCGGAGGACCGCAAAGUGUCCCCAAGGACCUAGUCAAGUUCCUUCAUGAGGAAUUCAGCGCGGAGAUUCUCCGCGGCGGCACAUAUCCUAUGGAACAGCCAAUGGAAUUUGAUCAAUUUGCCGACUACUGGUUUGGAACCUUUACCGUUCUAGCUAUAUUGGACGAUGAAGGCGAUGGCCUGCGGGAGGGUAGGGACUGGGAGAACGUUUGCUUGGGGACCUUCUAUAUCAAGCCCAAUUAUCCCGGCCGCUGCUCUCAUAUCUGCAACGCAGGCUUCGUGACUACAACCGCCGCUCGUGGCCGCGGUGUCGGGCAAGCUAUGGGCGAAGCCUACCUGGAAUUUGCCCCAAGACUGGGAUACACAUACUCUGUCUUCAAUUUGGUGUUCGCCAACAACCCAGCCUCCAUCCGUAUUUGGGAGAAGCUCGGCUUCAGCGUUAUUGGGCGGGUCCCCAAAGCUGCCCGAUUGGCCAAUAGUGAGGAACUGGUUGACGCAUUGAUUAUCGGCCGGGAGCUUGGAAAAUGA